AUGAAACGCCUGUUGAAAAUUGUUCAGAGAAAUCCCAGGCCAACUGCUUCUGCACUGAGAGCUUCAGCAGCUCCUCCAUCGUCGGGAUUCACCUUUGUUGAUCAUUCCCAGGGUGCUUCAGCUGCCGUUUCGGAAUUUUCUGCUGCUUUGGGUACUGUCCUUGAGCAGAUUGAUCUUGAUGAUGACAUUAAUAGUCAAAUGAAAGUACUCACUGAACGACUUGACCAGGAGGCAUCGCGAUAUGAUAAUUGUCAGUUGAAUGAUGUGGAUUAUACAGACUGGUCAUGCUCCCAGGAACAAGCGGAAUUAAUCUCGGUUGCCUGGAAAUGUGCUCAUGAUUCUUACAAUGCUUCUUCAUCUUCCCAUCCUUUUCAAUUCGAAAACUGCAUCUUGACAUUGGAUCAUGUUGUAACGCCAUCUACCAGUGGAACCGUCAAGGCAGUGACAUUCACCAUAGUCACUCCAAAGGGAUGCUCGAACAAACUAUUACCAGUCUUGAUUAUCGCCAUUCGAGGGACUGCUAGUCGAGUCGAUCAUAUGGUGAAUAUCAACAAUGAGCCACGGAAUGCUGCUUCGUUUAUCAAUACAUCAUUCCAACCCGAGUCUGCGUCAAGCCUUGAAGCUCAUUCGGGAUUCUUGGAAAGCGCUGUUGCUCUUGAUUCUAUCGUCUCGAAGAGAAUCGAGGAGUACAAGCAGAGAGGCGGCCAUGUGUUAUUCACCGGUCAUUCGGCUGGAGGUGCAGUGGCUUCCUUGCUUUUCCUUCGAUAUUUAUCACAGCAAAAUGACUCCAUCCGCUUCUCCUGCCUCACAUUCGGCGCACCACCAACAAUAACCCUCCCACUGUCCAUACCAUCGAAGACAAUCUGUCUCAACAUCAUCAACGAAUUCGACCUCGUCACUCGCGCAGAUAAACCCUACAUGCUAUCUAUAUUAAAUCUCGUCCGAUCAAUCUACAACCAAGAUCCACUCUCUGAUACCGACGAGUGUCCAUCCCCGACCGAAGCCUCAUCCAAGGGGACAUUCUGGCCGACACCUCGGGCGAUGUACCACCACGUCGGGGAAAAGAUUGUAUUUCUGAUGCGACUGCAGGAUAAAAGCGAGGAUCUGCAACUUCGCGCGGUGAAUGUGUCUACUGCGCAAUUUGAAAAGCUGCUGUUCUGUCGGGUUUCGGUGCAUCGACGGGCGUGUUAUGAGCAGCGGGUGAAGUUAUUUGCGAGAUCUAAUUUGCAAUAG